AUGCCAACUGUCAAUCCGUCUCAUCCAGUAAAUUAUGAUUGUGCUAGUCCCAACCAUAAUGGAGUUCCUUCGUUCGGGGUCAUAGUUGAUCAUAAGUCUGUCAGGGGUAACAUUGCUCUGGAUCAGUUUGGCUGUAAUCAUCAAGAAGAAGGACAACCCUCUUUGACUGAAAUUAAGAUUAGUGAGUUGCCAAGUCAGGAGCAAAGUAGGGAAAAACUUACAGGACGCAACUGGGAUUUAAUUAUGGAUGAUAAUGAGAAUUUCUUGAUUUUUGAUUCUUCCACAGAGUCUGAAGCUUGUAAGGAACACAAUCAAAUUAUGAGGAAUCAUGUUGAAUCGUACUCAGCUUUGUCUUCAUCAAAUCUUUCCAAGAGUAAUAAUGAUGAUUCACAGAAAAUGCGACCAGAUGACUUUCUCUGUGUAUGUAGCUCCCCUCAUGAUCCCACGGUUCAUUUGCCCAAGGAUGACAGCCAGGAAGUUGGCGAAAAAGUUCAUGCCGAACUGACACCACAAGCACCUCUCACAUGUUGUGAGAAACCAGUGAACAGUGAACUCAGUGAUAAGAUGUGUGUUGAAACUAGUGGCUGUGUCUCCUUAAGCGUCCAGGUAGAACUGCUGUUUCUGCCUAGUGAGUUUCAUCUAGAUGCAAACUCUCUGUUAUAUUUAGUUUUAUGGGAUAAGUUGAUCGAUGUUAUCAUGUAGGUCUUAUUUGCUAAGAAAGAGGCUUAGACUAUUUUCUCUCAUAUAUUAGUGUAUAUCUGCUAAUAUGGUGAUGCACUGGACACUUGGAAACCUCAAAUGCUAUGCCUGCUCAUUAAUUCUUCUGUUACACUGGCAAUCUGUGCCAAGCACAGUAGCAUCAAGUGGAAUUUAUUCAAACUUCAUUGAUUUAUCAAAUUUCUUUGAUAAGAAACAGGAGUUUGGUCUAAGAAGUCAGUUCUUUUCUAUUUAAUUAUAGUGUUUUUUCUGUUUUUUUAUUAUAUUGAGAAUGUCACACAUGCAUUUAUCUGUAAAAGUUGCAGCAGUCACCUAUAUCUUAAAGACUAAUACAUUAGUUCUUAGGUAAUUGAGUUAUUCGUUUGUUUGUUUGUUUGUUUUUUUUUUUUGGUGAAUAAUAUCAAGCCUUUAGGCGAUGUUCAGCGAGUUGUUCAUGGUAUCAUCUUAAUUUUAAAUCUUUUUGAUGAUUUUUUCCGGAAUUGAGUUCGGUACCAAAUUGGAAACAGAGAAAUAAGAAAGCUUAUGGUGUUCUUCUUGAGGAUUUGCUGUCUACCAAGAAUUUUCUAAGAAAUAAAGCUGCUCGCUUCCUGUUCUGGUCAUCAUUUUUUAUCUUCUCUUGGAUUCAAAGUAUCAGUUACCUUUUGACAGGUUGGUGAACCAUCUCAUCGUGGAAUACGAAGGCGCUGUCUAGUGUUUGAAAUGGGAGGAUCUCACGAACAGAACAUGCUUUGUGACCCAGAAAACAACACUCCACCCUCAUUGUCCCCAAGUGUAAAGCUUUCUCCUGGUGACAGAAAGCAGGCUUUCUUCAAACCUUGCCCUGGCCCACAAUCAACUGUUGUGCCCAGUAUUGGAUUGCAUUUGAAUUCUCUUGCAAUCAUCUCUAAAGAGGGAACUUCAGCUGAAGAUGCUUUCUCUUGUGAGAGGCAGUCUGGAGCAGCUGUUCAGAAACAUCCCAGUAUAUCCCUUAAAAUAGAGAGAGAUGACUUGUCCUGUGGCAGCGAAAUUCAGGACCUUGCUUCCAUGCAAGACUCUUUCCAAGUACCAGCCACAGGCUGUGGAGACAGUUUGAAUCCUGGUAGUCCCAUGAAGGAAAUGUAUGUGUUUUCCGUUGCAUUUAGAUUUUGUGAAAAUAUUUUCUGUCCAUAUUCAUGGGUUCAUUGCAAAUCAUGUUGUGCGUGCAGAGACAAGACAGAAAAUGGUGGUGAAACUGGGGGCUGCAAGCGUUGUAAGUGUAAAAAGUCGAAAUGCCUGAAGCUGUAAGUCUCUCAUCGUUGAAAAGCUAUGUUCAAGCAGGGAUGGUUAUUGAUUCGGAUUUUGUUCUCUUUCUAGACAGAAAUUGAGUAUUCUCUUAUUAGACAUUUCAAUAAUGCGGAUUGCUGUUAUGUGUUGCCCGCGGUACAUGAAAUUACUGAGUUAUUAGCAAUACUUCUUGUACGGGGACAGUUUUAUUGGGCCUAAGCAGAUUCCUAAAGUUUAAACGGUUGCUAGGUUUAGCUCUUACAUCAAGUGAAGUGAUCUCAGAAGCUAAACCCUUGACAGACUGUUUGCUGAGAGAAAAACGGAAUGGAUAAUACCCAUUAGUUAUUCUUUUAAAAAGGAUCGAACAUUAUAUCUAAAUAGGUUCAUGGUUAUUUCAUUUUUACUUUUGGCUAAUUUCAUAAUUAAAAUCUACACAUUGUUCCACAUAUUUAACUAAAGCAAGAGUAGAACUACUUGGUUGACCAUGGCUGUUCCAUUGAAACCAUGGGAAUUUUUUUCGAUAAUAGUGGCAUAAAUAGAAAAAAUCAGAAGGAAUUAAUAUUUUCAGAGAUAUUAUGGAAAAACAAUUCGAACAAGAACUUUUCUUAUAUGCGCGUUCCUAAUUUCAGAAGUCUUUUUACUACGAGUUUUUCUCCUUCCUACUGCUUCAAUGAUUUGAGUGUUAUUAUCGUUCAAUUCUACGAUUCUGCCACUUCAUGAAGCUGAUUUUCUGAUGUAGGUAUUGUGAAUGUUUUGCUGCUGGGCUCUACUGUGUUGGGCUAUGUGAAUGUCAGGAUUGCUUAAACAAACCCAUGUACGAAGAUACUGUCCUGGCAGCAAGGAAAUUAAUAGAAUCACGAAACCCACUUGCUUUUGCCCCAAAAGUCAUCAGGACCUCUGAGCCAGCUACAGAAAUCUGUGUAGGAAACUAGGCAAACUCUGCUUAGAUUAUCUCUCUACAUGCAUUCCUGUGUAUAACAAAGCAUUCGUCUCUUUUCUAAUCCACAGGAAGACACGAACAAAACUCCAGCAUCAGCACGGCACAAGAGAGGUUGCAACUGCAAAAAAUCAAGAUGCCUGAAGAAAUAUUGCGAAUGCUAUCAGGUUUUCUUUCCUCUUUUUCUUGCCUCUUUUGAACACAUCCCCUCGAAUGCCAUCUGAGUCAGGGACGCUGGUUCUGCCUUUGAAGGGAGGUGUUGGAUGCUCACCAAGCUGCAGAUGUGAAGGCUGCAUGAAUACAUUUGGUAAAAGAGAUGGUAAGGACUUGCUGUUUUCCCUAGCUGUUUCGGAGUAUUGGUGAAUUAUUCAGUGAGUUCCUUCUCCUGAGCCGUUUUACAGUUACAUAUAUCUCCAUGGGGAUUAGGUCACUUGCUUCUAAGACAAUCCCAUAGAUCCGGAUUUAGGGUUUUGUAUGGGCUUUGGGUAAAUCUUGGGUAAAUCCUUGGACCCCGAGAUAGUUUUUCCUACCCAGUAGAAACCCUGACUUACAUCACCUGAACCUGACUCAGCUUCAAAGUCAGAAGGUGUUCCCAAAAACCCGGUAGUAAUUAUUGUUCAUUUGGUGUUUAUAUUCUCAUUCAAAUGUAUCUUUUGCAAGAUAUUCUUCCUGAUCCAAAGUGUUACUGCGCAGUUGGUGCUCUUGCUUUGCUACCGGUUUCGAAUGGAUUUAGCUAACGCCUUGGUUCAUUUCUGACAGAUCCUCUGCCUUUUGGCAAUCACGGAAUUGUGCCCGAAGAGGAGGAGAUCCAUGCUACGGACAAGGAUGCCCCGCAACAUGAUUUCGGACGAGGACACAAGGAUGGGAAACCCUUUUCGGAGAGCGUUCUGCCUACCACACCAGCUUCCCAGAUUCGCAGGUUCUUGAGCCCAUUCCUCGAGUUUUUUUUUUUAAUCUUUAAAUAUUGUUCCAGACUGGCUGCUAAUAUAUAGAUAGCGAUGAUCAUCUCAUCUUGCAGUUCAUUUGGCAGACCGCCAUUCUUUUCCACUGUGAAGCCCCCUCGGGCCGCCUCCAUACGUACAAUUGGAUCUCCCCCUCUAAAUACCACGCAGAUUCGAGCAAAACCCACGCUUGAUGAGCACUUACAGAUGGACUCUGAGGAUGAAAUGCCUGACAUCCUUAGUUACUCUUUAUUGCCUGCCAGUGCAAAGAAUACCACCUCCCCCAACAGGAAGAGGAUCUCUCCUCCACAUCACGGGGUCAACUUGUCUCCCAGCCGUAAAGGUGGAAGAAAGCUGAUCCUCAGAUCUAUUCCUUCAUUGCCCCCUCUCACCAGCGAUUCUGUCGAGGAACUGAGGCCCUCUGUGGAAUCUUGAUUGAUCUCGCAGGGUAUGCAUGCGCCUCCGUCUGAUUCCUAUUUAUUCUGUGGUUCAAUCAAACCUCUUUUGUUCUUACUCGAUCGUACUUGUCCUAAGGUGAUGGAGCUGUGA